AUGUUCACAGCAUUAGCAGUUGUUGGUCUGCUCUGUUUUCACCAAUUGGUGUCCACUCGAGCAACUGGAGAGUGCCGAUUCAGCACCGCACAUUUUGAAAACUUUACCUUAGAAAUUAUCAACAACACUCUGUCUAUGGAUAUGACAACCGCAAAGACAUUUCACCGCGGUCUCAAGGUCCUCAUCGAUGUCCAAGUUAGCCUUGACAAGGGCAAGAGCUACCAGCGGCUUUUCGCCCACAUUGUGGAUACCUGUGCCGUAGUCUCAUCGGUAAGAACUAAUCUCUUCAAGAGUUGGUUUGAGAGCAUGCUCAAGCACAGUAACUUCAUGUACAACUGUCCUGUGCCCGUGGGUCACUACUUCCUCCAUGACUGGAAACUGGACUCCCAACUGGUUCCGAAGUAUAUGCUGCCCGGUGACUACUGUGUGACCGCUCACUUCUUUUACGGCAAGCACAAGGCGAAGCAGGAGGAUGUCGUGCUGGACCUAGAUGUCUAUGCUCUUGUGCAGGCAAACUAG